GUGCAGGACCUGCGGUGGAAGUGGACUCAGUAAUUGCUCUCGUUGUCUUGGCACCGGAGAGUACAGGUAUAUAAUGGGCUUUCAUUUUAUGAAGAUGGAUACAAAUCACACCCAAGAUGAUGAAAAUUAUCGUGUUCAUGAUGACUCUGGAACUUGUAGUGCAGUAGACAUACAUCUUAAGGACGAACAGUUUAAUUCUAGCCAUGAAAGGUGA